AAUAAAUGGUCGAAUGGUUAAAAGCCACUUAGGGUUUUCGAAAAAAGGGAACCGUUUCUUUUCUCGCCAUUUUUAGAGAAAGAGAGGAAGCACAAUUCGCGAGCAGUAUCAUCUCCAUAUCGGCUCCAAUGGCGUCAGAGAAGAAGCUUACAAAUCCAAUGAGAGAAAUCAAAGUUCAGAAGUUGGUCCUCAAUAUUUCAGUGGGUGAGAGUGGGGAUAGACUCACCCGAGCUGCUAAGGUUUUGGAACAACUGAGUGGGCAGACUCCUGUCUUCUCAAAAGCUAGGUACACUGUGCGAUCCUUUGGGAUUAGACGUAAUGAAAAGAUUGCAUGUUAUGUAACUGUCAGAGGCGAGAAGGCCAUGCAGCUGUUGGAAAGUGGCCUCAAGGUGAAGGAGUACGAGCUUUUGAGAAGAAACUUUAGCGACACGGGGUGCUUUGGUUUUGGCAUCCAAGAACAUAUUGAUCUUGGAAUCAAAUAUGAUCCCUCAACUGGUAUAUAUGGCAUGGAUUUCUAUGUCGUGUUGGAGAGGCCUGGUUAUCGGGUGGGUCGUCGCCGAAGGUGCAAAUCACGUGUGGGCAUUCAACAUAGGGUGACAAAGGAAGAUGCUAUGAAAUGGUUUCAGGUCAAGUAUGAGGGUGUCAUUCUUAACAAAUCACAAAAUAUUGGUGGUUCUUAGGUUCUCUACAUUGAUCUUUCUCUAGCUCUAGUGAUAGAAAUCAAUUUUGAAUGAUCUUUGUCUUUGUUCGUGAAAAUCAGAGAUGAAUUAUUUUCAUACUGAGCCCCAUUAGAAUUGAAUCAUGUGGGGUGUUUCAUUAGUAUUUCGGGGAAUUUUUCCUUAAUAUUAGAUUGUGCUUGAUAGAAAUCAAUUUUGAAUGAUCA